AACCUAAAGGGAAGCGGAGUGGCCAGCCUAUUUCAGUUCCAUUCCCGCCGAGCUUGACAGAACGAGAGAACAACAAUGGCUUCCGUUGACUCCAAAAAGCGAAAGAAGAACACCACCUCUCUUUCACACCUCAAAACCCUAGGCCACGACCUCCUCUCCUCUAGAGCUCACAUCAACAACCUCCCCACCCUCCUCUCCUUCGUCUCCUCUGCUUCGCCUCCUCAGUAUGUGCUCGAAGCUCUGCUAACCCUCCAAGCCUUCUUCACACCUGUCCUCCCAGACCUCCCUUCAUCUUCUUCUUCCACCAAGCCUUCCUCUCGCACCGUUUCACAGGACGACCCCGAGUUCAUUUACAGAACGUGGCUCAGAGCCAAAUUCGAUGAAUUCGUCAAAUCUCUCAUCGACGUUUUGGUUUCGCCCCAAUCUGAAGAGACUCUCAAGGAAGUGGUAUUGGAUACAUUAAUGGAGUUUGUGAAGCUGGGAAAUGGUGGAAGGUUUAACUCUGCUAUAUACCACAAGCUUGUACAUAGCAUUGUUCACUCUGCCACCCCUGUCACUUUCUUGUUGGACUUGCUUGUUUCGAAAUAUUUCAAGUACAUUGAUAUCAGAUACUUUACUUACAUUAUCGUGGAAAAGAUUUGUAGAACUUUGGAAGAGAAACGCGUGUCAGAUGGCAACAAUGAUAGUCAAUCUGGAGAAAGCACAGAGAACUUAAUUCACUAUGUACAUUACAUUUUAUCCCGCAUACCCGCACUAGAGGGCUCAGCUGACAAAGCUGACUUUGAGAUGUGGAGUGGAUCAGGCAAAUCUGAAAAUGUUUCUGGAAAGCAAAAAGGAGAGAAAAAGACGAAAACCGACCAGCAUAAUUCUAAGAUGUUAACGGCAUCCAAUAGUGCUAAGAAGAUGAAGCUGAAAUUUACUAAAGCAUGGAUUUCAUUUCUAAGGUUGCCACUUCCACUUGAUGUAUACAAAGAAGUUCUGGUCAAUCUUCAUCAGGCAGUUAUUCCGUACCUAUCCAAUCCUGUUAUCUUAUGUGACUUUUUGACGACAUCAUAUGACAUUGGUGGUGUUAUUAGUGUAAUGGCUCUCAGUAGUCUCUACAUCCUUAUGACGCAACAUGGUUUAGAAUAUCCCAAUUUCUACGAAAAACUAUACGCGCUACUGGUGCCUUCAAUCUUUAUGGCAAAACAUCGAUCAAAGUUUUUUCAGCUUCUUGAUUCUUGCUUAAAGUCGCCACUUCUUCCUGCAUAUUUGGCUGCUGCUUUUGCUAAGAAACUGAGCCGACUGUCGAUUUCUGUGCCGCCUUCAGGAGCAUUAGUUAUUAUAGCACUAAUUCAUAAUCUUCUGCGAAGACAUCCUUCAAUAAACUGUUUGGUGCACCGGGUUGAUGAAGAGGCUGGUAAAGGUGAUUCAGAAGUAGAUAAAAAGGAUUCUGACAAUUUAGAGGACCCCAGAAAUAGUGAAGAUCUGUCGAAUAAAAAACUUUGCAUUGAUCAUUUUAAAAAUGAGGAAAGUGAUCCAAAAAAGUCAAAAGCUAUGAGAAGUUCACUUUGGGAAAUUGAUACACUUCGCCACCAUUAUUGUCCUGCUGUUUCAAGAUUUGUUUUGUCACUUGAGAAUGAUCUGACAGUCAGAGCUAAAACAACUGAACUUUCUAUCGGAGAUUUCAGCUCGGGUUCAUAUACAACAAUUUUUGCGGAUGAGAUUAGACGAAGGGUAAAACAAGUUCCACUGGCAUUCUACAAAGCACCUCCCACCUCUUUGUUCUCAGACUCCGACUUUGCUGGCUGGACUUUCAAACAUGAAGAUGAUCAUACUUCGGCAAAACGACCUCGAACAUGAGUCUACAAUUGCACUCCCUUAUGUAUCUGUGUUUCCGAGCUCAAGUUUAAUUGAGCAUUUUGAUUUUGAGCUUUUGUGUUUUUAUUGUCUUUUUGUUUUUACCUCCCUUUGGAGAUGUCAUUUUAUAGGCUUCUGCAACAAAUUUUGACCUUGCUUCUUUGUAUUCCUCCAUAGAUUAGGCAUUGCACACUGUACCUCUAAUAGUAUGACAAUGACAUCACAGUAAAGAUUAGUUAAAUUCAAUUGUUUAAGUAAA